AUGUCUAUAAACCUAACUCUACUAGCCAUGGUCGGCGCCACCACCGGACUGUACAACGCUGCAGUGUUCAAACCUGCGGUGCAGAGUUCAUUAUACAGAACAAAUUACGCCUAUAGGGCCGUGGACGGAAACAACGAUGGGAACUAUUACAACGGACAUUGUCAACACACGAACCCGGAGUACAGUCCUUGGUGGAUGGUGGAUCUACUCGGUCAGUUUACUGUGGAGCAAAUCACUCUGACCAACAGAGAGGACAUGUUCUCUCGACGAUUGAGAAAUUUUACCAUAGACAUCUUUGAACAAGAUCCGAGACAGCUAGUAGACUUCCCGAACAUAACUGGUCAAGUAUGCUAUAAUCAAUCGAAUCCACUAAAUGGAGGGGUAUACAACUUCAGCUGCAGCUACCCGAUUGUUGGUAGAUAUGUCAGGAUUAUACUCAGACCUGGCGCUACGGAAACUUUACACAUUUGUGAGAUGGAAGUGUUGGUGGGUAGUUCCUGCGUGGAACAGAUCAACUUCAAAAGAAAAGUGAAUACUAAGCUACAAAGUACAUCGCUGGCUGAGAUGACUGUCAGGAAUUCCUUGUCCUGUCUUCGGGAAUGUAUGCUACGUCGAUCGACCGACGUCUGCACUGCUUUCAACUGGGUCAAGGCCACGAGGUCGUGCCAACUUUUCUCUGUACAUCCGUACCUGGACAUAAGAGCCAACUUGACCGUUGCACUGGGCACACAUUAUUUUAGCCAAAGCAAUUAA